GCGCUGCGGCAGGCGGUGGCACUCAUUCGAGGCCGCCAGCAGCACCGAAACACUUCUGCCUUGGCCAUCCCGGCGCAGCCGAUCAUGUCUUUGAGGAGCAGCUUGUCGCGUCUUCUUCGGACGCAAGUGCAUUCUGUCUUGAAGAAAUCCGUCCACUCUGUGGCUGUGAUAGGAGCCCCUUUCUCUCAGGGACAGAAAAGAAAAGGAGUGGAAUAUGGUCCAGCUGCUGUUAGAGAAGCUGGCUUGCUGAAAAGACUCUCUGAUUUGGGCUGCCGCCUAAAAGACUUUGGAGACUUGAGUUUUACUCCUGUGCCCAAAGAUGAUCUCUACAACAACCUGAUAGUGAACCCACGCUCUGUGGGCCUUGCCAACCAGGAACUGGCAGAGGUGGUCAGCAGAGCAGUAUCAGGUGGCUACAGCUGUGUCACUGUGGGAGGAGACCACAGCCUGGCGAUUGGUACCAUUAGUGGCCACGCCCGGCACUGCCCGGACCUUUGUGUCAUCUGGGUUGAUGCCCAUGCUGACAUCAAUACACCCCUUACAACUUCAUCAGGAAACCUUCAUGGACAGCCAGUUGCAUUUCUUCUCAGAGAACUACAGGACAAGGUGCCACAACUCCCAGGAUUUUCCUGGAUCAAACCUUGUAUCUCUUCCCCAAGUAUUGUGUAUAUUGGCCUAAGGGAUGUGGAUCCUCCUGAACAUUUUAUUUUAAAGAACUAUGAUAUUCAAUAUUUUUCCAUGAGGGAUAUUGAUCGACUUGGUAUUCAGAAGGUCAUGGAACAGACAUUUGAUCUGCUGAUUGGCAAGAGACAAAGGCCAAUUCAUCUGAGUUUUGAUAUUGACGCAUUUGACCCUACACUGGCUCCAGCCACAGGAACCCCUGUUGUAGGGGGACUGACAUAUAGAGAAGGCAUGUAUAUUACAGAGGAAAUACACAAUACAGGGUUGCUGUCAGCAUUGGAUCUUGUUGAAGUCAAUCCUCAGUUGGCCACUUCAGAUGAAGAGGCAAAGGCUACGGCUAGCCUGGCAGUAGAUGUGAUUGCUUCAAGUUUUGGUCAGACAAGGGAAGGAGGACACACUGUCUAUGACCAACUUCCUACUCCCAGUUCACCAGAUGAAUCAGAAAAUGAAGAACGUGUGAGAAUUUAAGAAACUGUGCACUGGCACAUUUCACAAUGGGCAUUCUAGUGUUGCAAAGAAUUUAAGGGGACAGAUUUUAAAUGGUUGGUUGGAUUGGCAUUGCCUUAAUGAGAACAUCUAUCCAUUUUCACAGUUGUAAAGUUUCUCCUCUCCAUUUUGGUGACCAACAAUACUAGUGUAAAUGUAUUUUUUUUUUUUUUUUGAAAUUUACAAGGUAUUGAUAUGUUACACUACUAUGUAAAUUUGCAGAAGUCAUAAACCGCAUUUAUUACCUUGGUAUAUCAUACUGGUCUUGUCAAUGUUCCUUCAUAUCUAUGUGGUUUUUCUGGCUGCCAUUCCUCCUCCCAGUCUGGCUACACAGUGCAUCCUUUAACUGUUAGCCCACGGCGGCAACAUGCUUAUUCCAUUCCCUAACAACAUUCAUCCACAGGGUCAAGGUUCUGGUCCACAAACCUUACCCUGUAGCAAUUUCAAUGCUUGCGAAAGAAUUUGUAAUAAACCAGGCCUCCCAGGAUAGCUAGCUCCAAUAAGAUGAUGACAGAAAGCAGCAGCUUGUUGGUUGUCACUCUACAAAGAGAAGCAGAACAAGUAGUAGUCAGUAGUCUGGACAGCUUAUUUCUUGCUGUUCUUAAUAUUCUGAGGACACAGAGUUUUUGUUUAAAUACAGAGACAUUUAGCAGUAAGUACUCAUAAGGUUCUUUGGCUUGGAAGCGGCAACUCCAAAGGUUCUUUAGCUGUAAUUCAGAAAUAACACUGUCUACCUCAGAGAAAUGUGGACCACUACAAUUUUAAAUACCAAAGCAUAAAAAUGGUUUCUCGGUUCUAAAAUGUCUUCAAAUCAUAUUUCAAACAGCAGCAAUACAAUACCACUAUCUAGCCAUAUAGAGCCACAUUGGUUAUAUUCCACAGCUAUGAGUGUAGGCUAGAUGAAGAGUUUGGGACAAACCCUCCUGUGUCAAAGUCCAAUUCAUGGAUGGGUUGUGCUUUUAGAAAAAGUAACUAGAAGCCUGGGUACUGCCGUUCAAACUUCCCUUUUUUACUUUGUUCCUAUUUCUUCUGCUUUGCUGUGCUCUCCUAACCAAGUGGGAUCUUUUAUUUUGUGUAUAUAUGUUUUAAAAAGUAGUGUAUCUUUUGCUUACACAAAGAGUUCAAUCUCUGGCUUUCAUGUUCAUCUUGGGUUUCUCCUUAUUCCACAAGGAAUUUCCUAUUAUUUAGGAAAACUCUACCCUUCCCGUUAGUUCCAUGAACCAGGAUGUCAUUUCGUUUCAUGCUAGGCCACAUGUGUCCAAGGUCAUGCAUACUAACCCACUUAUCCCCAAUUUCAGCCUCAAGGCAAUACUUCCCUUCAGUCCUGGUUUUGCUGCUGUUAGUACCUACCUCAAAAGCUUUGUUUUGUUUUUAAUUUAUACUUCUUGCUAACAUGACAGGACUCCCAAAAAAUAGCCUCACUCACAUGAAGGGUAAGCAGAGCCAAAAGCCAGGACUAAGCAAUAACAGUGAAAACUGUUUUAUAAUCAAGUUUUUACAAAUAUAUUUCAAGUAAAGCUCUAUCAGUCCUAAGUGUCAGCUUAUAUUCAGGAAUAUAAGCUGAGAUUAAACAUUCUUUCAGUGGACAAAUUUUCGACUGCUGCAAAUCAGAAUAAUAAAUAAUUUUAACAAAGGAUUUUAUCCUGAAAUAUUUUACUAUAAAAACUAUAUUCCUCUAUCUGCUGGGUGGUACUGAGUAUGGGAGGAUUAUAUACAAUCAAGCACCUAGGGGAUUUAUUAGGACUCUGCCACUGUUUUUACACUUUCUUGAUUGAAAGACAUUAAGUUAAAAGAAAUUUAUUUUGUGACUUUUAAAAACUUACUUUCUGGACAUUGAACGGAGAAUCUUUCGACUUUUGCUCAAGUUUUCACUUGUGUUUACCAGCUGAGAAGAGAAAAUAGCAAUUAUUUUCUCCUUCUUUCAAAAGUACAUACCGUAUAGAAUUUGAACAUUCCUAAACUACUAGUGGGUAUUAAGAAGUAUAUGUUGAAAAAUGCCUAGAAAUCAAACCAAUUUAAAUUAUAGCCUCUCAGUACAAGGAACAGAAUCUGGAAAGGAAAAGAUACUUUAGUACUUAUCAAGGAGGUGUGGUAAUCAUUAUAUUCCAAAGUUGCUGUGGGGUUGUAGACUUUUGGCUAGAACUACUUUCACCUUGGCUAUUCAAAAUAGUAAAGGCAUUUGGUGUAUCCAGCCAGUGACUAUGAAGUAAUUUAAGAUUGCAAUUUCAUCAGCCAAGUUCCAGAAAAGCCUUCUGAAUUGGUGUUUGUUUUCAUAGGCUGGUGGGUUAUCACUUUAGAAUGUGUUAAAAAUUUUUUUUUUGCUUACCCCUUUGAAGCAGUUACACUGAAUUGUGAAGGAAAUUAGCCCCCAUGGACCCUUCCCUUUUGAUUGCCUGUUACUAAUCUAGAUAGCUAGAGGACAUUUCAAUGGCUGCUCCUUGUCAUCUGUUCCCAGAUGAUCAAUAUAUUCAUGGCUUUGAUAUAUUGAUCUCUCAGUGCAUUCUUUGGCUUUUAUUUUUUUUGGUGGUACUGGGAAUUAAAACCAGGGUGGGUGUCAUUCUAUCUAUAUCUCCAGCCCUCUUUAAACAUUUUAAUUUUGAGAAAGGUUCUCACUAAAUUGCUGAGGCUGGUGUUGAACUUGCAAUUCUCUUGCUUCAGCCUCCCAACUUGCUGUAAUUACAAGUGUACAUGACUGUGCCCAGCUCACUCUGUGGCUUUUAACUUUAACCAAAACACCUGGUGUGUUCAAAAUUCAGAAUCCACACAAUUUGUUGGUAAGUUAUUCUCCAUAGCUUGCUUUGAAUUUAGCAUUUUAUCGUGAAUUUUCACAUAAGAAGGAAUGGAAUCACUGAUUAAUUUUAAGAAUGAAGAAUUGCAGCUAUCAAAAUGUGUAAGAAAGAUCUCCUCGCUGGCUAGUGCACGCCUAUAAUGCCAGCUACUCAGAAGGCUAAGGCAAGAAAAUUACAAGUUCACGCCAACCUAGUAAGACCCUGUCUCCAAAAAAGGCUGGGGCUGUAGCUCAGUUUAGAGUACCCCUGGGUUCAAUCCCCAGUACCUGCUCCCAACCCAAUCCUCAAAUCCCCAUAUGAUGCUAAUAUUUUCCUGUCUAAAUCUUGGACCCAAUAUCUGCUUUUCAAUUUGAAUUUGCUACAGCCUAUUAAGAAUAUAGCAUUCUGCUGGCAAACUACUAUUUUUAAAAUUUCUCUGUAGAUUAACUCAUAUAUAGAAAGGAAGGAAUAAGUUAUUUCCCAGAGUUUCUUAAGAGUGACAGCAUAUUACAGGAAUCCAAUAGUCAUCAUUGAAUUUCUUCUAUUUAUUUUCUUCCCACAAUGAUCCAACUUACCUUGGUAACAGUAAAGGAUUAUAGUCCAGUAUUGAAUUAUAAUUUAUAAAUCUAUACACUAUGAAAAGUACUAUAUUUGACAUUUGGAAAAGAGUCUUGGUUCUAAAGGAUAGGGUCAUAUACAUUGAUGCCGUUUUCAUAAGAACAUCAAAUUAUCCCCCUAGGUGUGAGAAAUUAAAAUCUCUCAGUGACUGAAUCCUUACAUGCCUCUUUAAAAAAAUUUUUUUUUGUAAUAAUGUCUAAGUCUUACGAGUAAAAUUAUUUCUAAGGGAGACCCUCUCUUACCCAAGCAACCUAAAAAAAAAAAAAGAUUAUUCUCUAAAUUUAGAACUGUUGUAGCUUUCUGGAUUUAGGAUGAGGACAUCUGGGUAUGUGGACUUACCUACUUUCCCCAUUCCAGUCCCUUGUCCCUGCCUGGACAGACUUACUCUGUUCUUGGUACGUUCCAGCUGGUCUCUUUGUUCCCCCAGCUCUUCUAUGAUUUCUGAGCCAAUCUGGUCAGUCUCUGUAGCAAUCCGAUGAGAACGUUCAAUACUUUGAGUGGCCCUGUUUAGGCUUUCAGUGCCUUGCAGAAGCAAUGCCCUUUGUGACUGUAGCCGAUUCUGACAGGAGCAUGGAAAGGAAAUGUUAGACUUCUUCCAUUAUCAAUUCAUUGCCAGCAUGCUCCUUACAACCUUAUGUAAAAAGGAAUAUAGGGGACAAUAGCUCCCUGGUAUCCACAAUGGAUUGAUUCUAGGACCCAUGAGGAUGCCAAAAUCCACAUAUGCUCAAAUUUCUUAUAUAAAAUGGUAUGGUAGGACUGGAGUUGUGGCUCAGUGGUAGAGCACUUGCCUGGCAUGUGUGAGGCCCUGGGUUCGAUACUUGGCAUCACAUAUAAAUAAAUAAAAGAUAAACUAAAGAAAUACUUUAAAAAAAAAAUAAAAUGGUAUAGUAAUUGCAUAUGACAUAUGCACACCCUUCGUAUACAUUAAAUCAUCUCUACGUUACAGAUAAUAUCUGAUACAAUGUAAAUAUUAUAUAAAUAGUUUAUUGUUUAGAAAAUCAUGACAAGAAAAGUCUAUACAUGUACAGCACAGAUUUAAAAAAAUAUUUUCAAUCCAAGGUUGGUUGAAUGAUCAGAUGCAGUGGAUAGGGAGGGCUAACUGUACUUUUAAGCAGAAUCAAAGUUGCUAAUAAACUAUAAAAAUCAUGUUCAAGGUCAGUCUGAGGUAGAACCUGAAGUCCAAUCAGCCAGAUCACAGGUUACCUACACUGCUUGUUAAACUUAAGUAAGGUAAGAAGACUGGGGGGUGGGGGGGGGAGCAUUUUUCCUGUGGACCAGUUCAAAUUCAGCAUAAACACAUGCCUUUCAGACUAGCACCUUCAGAAAGGUGGCAGCCUAGAUUAGGGAUCAGGAGCUACCUGAUUAUGCAUAUAGCCUAUAACUUGACAGUGCUUCAUAAGAAAACUAAUCUUUAAAGUCCUAGAAAAAGACUAAUUUGCUAUAGAUUCCCACUUGACUGGUACUGAAGAUUUAUUUGGGUACUAUGAAUAAGCUAUUCUUUUUUAGCACAUAAAGAAAUUAUUUAGAACAGAUUCUACCACAUUCUGGAAAAAACUUAGGUGGUCACCACACUCUUGGUGACAACCCCCACCACACUCUGCCUCCUGCCAAAGAAUUUCAUCUCGGGUCAACCAGACACAUACACAACUUUGAACUUGCCACACUGGUGAUUAGGUCUCAGGGCAGGUAGUAUUUGGGGCUGAAAUAAGCUUUCCCAGCUGCCCUAAUUUUCUAAAUUCCAACUUAAAUUUUAUUCUACCUACAAUCCUAAACACAGAUAGCACGUGGACAAAAGUAGCCUUUGUCAGGCCAGGAGUAACCAUGAAUAGAAAUGCGUGCAGUUCUUAGCUAUUCAAAGUCUACACAAUCUGAAGGGGACCAACUCUCAAAGGCUUUUUACAAAGGAAGUGACCACUAGCAAUAGAACUUAAAAAGACAUCAUUGCGAAGUGGAUUCUUGCCAGGCAUAGUGGCACGUGCCUGUAAUCUCAAUGACUUGGGAGGCCGAAACAGGAGGGAUUGCAAAUUUGAGGUCAGCCUGGACAACUUAGCAAGAUCCUGUCUCAGAUAAUAAAAAGGACUGGGGAUGUGCUUUAGUGGUACAGUGUCCCUGGGUUCAAUCCCCAGUACUGGGGGUAUUGGGAACAACAAAACUAAGUGGGUUCUCAGAGCAAAAGUAGCAAGAAGCAUUUUCUUUCUUUCUUUUUUUGUACCAAGGGUUGAACUCAGGGGCACUUACCCACUGAGUCACAUCCAGAGAUAGGGUCUCGCUGAUUUGUUUAGGGCCUCACUAAGUUGCUGAGGCUAGCUUUGAACUUGUGAUCUUCCUACCUCAGCCUCCCGAGCUGCUGGGAUUACGUGUAUGUGCCACCACACCUGGUAUAAGAAGCAUUUUCUCUUAGCAAGUAGCAUACAGAUCAGUGGAUGAGGAAACCACUGAAUGAGGCACAAAUAAACCUAGUUUACAUUUGCUCAAAGGAAGGAGAAAAAAAAUGCUUAAGAAAAAGAUGCAGAUUUUCAAAUGAUUAGGCUGAAGAGCAAAAUAUCACAUAAAUCAGCCUCAGACAGAUUUGGGACAACUCUACUGAAAGCAGUACAUGUAAUCUAUAUUAUGAUUUAUGGUGCUGGGCCUGGUGGCAUGUGCCUAAGAGUUCUAGGUACUCAGAAUGCUAAGGAAAAAAUACCAUUUGAGCCCAGGAGUUUGAGGGCAGCCUGGAAAACAGAGUGAUACUCACCUCUUAAAAAAAAAAAUUAUGAUUUAAAAUUUCUGAAACUAGUAAUUAUAAACCCCUCUAGGUUUCUGGUAACAAAUGACCAAAGUCACUUUUAUAAUUCCUACUUUCCUGACUUUUUCCAGUCUGUUUUCACAUGUGAUUUUAUGUACAUUCAUUUGAAACUUUUACAUCAUUCUCAAAAUAUGG